GAUAUAGGAUAAAAAAAAAUAAAAAAUAAGGGGAGCCCAGCUGAAGCAAGAACCCCCACACUGAAGUUCUCUGCUUUCUUCAUUCUCUCUCUCUUUCUCUCCUCUCUCUCCUCUCUCUCUCACUCUUCUUCCCUCUCACUUCUACUUCAUCUGCAAGAUCAAUAAAUUCGAAGAAAACCCUUUUUUUCUAUCAAAUUUCCCAUAUUUCUUUUUUCGCUUCUCAUCAAUUGAUGCUUUAAUUUACGACCUAGGGUUUUUCCGAUUAAACCCUAGAUCUGAAAAAUUCUUAAUUUCUUCUCCAUUUGAAGUUCAAUUCUUUGUGCUUCUCAAAUCAAGGAGUUGAUGAUCGAUUUGUUCUGGGAAAUUUAAGUUGAGGGAUCUUCAGGGAACUUGAAUUUGCAAUUGAGUGUGCGAGUGAUGAGGUAAAGUUCUGAAUUUUUCAGUUUUCAAUUUUCAAUCUUUAAUUUGUAUUCUUUGUUUUAUAUGAAGUUGGGAAAUUGAAGAACAUAGAGUAGGAAAUUAGGGUGGAAUUUGUGUUUUUUUGUGUGUGUUGUUUUGUUAGUGGGUAUUUUUUGGGAUGUCAGCAAAUACAAACAAUAAUCAACCCAAGAAUAUUGGGGGUUCAAUGUCAUCCCCAUUUGGAAAUGCUGGAAUGGUAAACCCUAAUUUACCCCCUAAUUUUAACCCAUCAUCAUCAUCCCAAGGUCAAGCACAAAAUCAGUCAGGGUUUGGGUUUCAGGGACAGUUUCAACAACUGGCCCAUGCCCAAGCUCAAGCUCAAGCUCAUGCUAUGGCGCAAGCGCAAUCGAAAGCAGCUGCUGCUGCCCAUGCUCAUCUUUUGCAGGCUCAGGGUAUGUCCCUUAAUCAGUCACAAGGCAUGGGGAUGGGUAAUUUGGGGGGUAGUUCAUCACCGUCGAUUUCGGGGAUGGGAAAUUCAGGUGGCAAAAGGGUCCCACAAAAGCCCCCGGUACGCCCGCCAGGACCUUCAGGUGGUCUUAACUUUAUGUCCCCUCCUAUGAAGAAUGUCAUGGAGCUUACCCCAGGGGCUGCUGCUAGGAGGAAGAAGCAGAAACCUCAGGAGAAGCAUUUGAGUGAGAGGGUUGCUCCUAUAUUGCCUGAGUCUGCUUUAUAUACACAGCUUAUUGAGUUUGAGUGUCGGGUUGAUGCUGCGUUGAUGAGAAAGAAGAUUGAUAUUCAAGAGGCUUUAAAAAACCCUCCCUCUGUUCAGAAAACGCUUCGGAUUUAUGUGUUUAAUACAUUCGCAAAUCAGACUCAGUCUAUCCCAAAGAAGCCAAAUGCAGAGCCAGCUACUUGGACAUUGAAGAUAAUAGGGAGGAUAUUGGAGGAUGGGAUGGAUCCUGAUCAGGUUGCCGCCAUGAAACCAAACCCGAUGUACCCAAAGUUCUCCAGUUUCUUUAAGAGGGUUACCAUUGGGUUGGAUCAGAGACUGUACCCGGAGAACCAUUUAAUAGUAUGGGAAAAUUCUCGGUCAUCUGCACCCACCGAGGGUUUUGAGGUGAAAAGGAAAGGGGACAAGGAAUUCACAGUGAAUAUUCGAUUUGACAUGAACUAUAUACCUGAAAAAUUUAAGCUUUCGCAGUCUUUAACAGAACUUCUUGGUAUAGAAGCUGAGACUCGCCCGAGAAUUAUAGCAGCAAUCUGGCACUAUGUUAAAGCUAGAAAGUUGCAGAACCCAAAUGACCCAACCUAUUUCAAUUGCGACCCACAGCUUCAGAAGGUGUUUGGGGAAGAAAAGAUGAAAUUUACCAUGGUCUCUCAGAAUAUAUCACAGCAUCUGACUCCUCCUCCACCAAUACAGGUGGAUCAUCAAAUCAAGCUCUCAGGGAAUAGCCCUGCUGGAAGUGCUUGUUAUGAUAUAUUGGUGGACAUACCUUUCCCUAUACAGAGAGAGCUUUCCAUGCUUCUGGCAAACACUGAAAAGACAAAAGAGGUCGAGACCUGUGAUGAAGCAAUCUGUGCUGCUAUAAGGAAGAUCCAUGAACACCGUAGAAGGAGAGCAUUCUUUCUUGGAUUUAGUCAGUCACCAGUGGAAUUUAUUAAUGCAUUGAUAGAAUCACAAAGCAGAGAUCUCAAGGCCGUGUCUGGGGAAGCUAGUCGUAGUGCAGAAAAAGAACGCCGUUCAGAUUUCUUCAACCAACCAUGGGUCGAGGAUGCUGUUAUACGAUAUUUAACGCGUAAACCAGCCAAUGCACCUGAUGGUCCUGGCAGCACAUAAACAGAUUGCUGGUGGAUCCUAGCUGUAGGUCUGCUUGUUAGCCUCUACAUUACCAUUAAAAGCUCAGAGCUCAUUUUCUUGUUACUCCAUUGUACAACUGUCUGAUGUAUCCUAAUGUUACUAUUCACUGCCAAGAUCAUAAUUUGCUUCUGUGCCCAUUUGAUGCAUAUCUAAAUAUUGAGUUACUACUUACUAGUUGUGAAGAAAUUUUAUCUACUUAUUGAUUACUAUAGCAA